AUGUCUGCAACUGAGGUAAUACAGAGGAUCACUCCUCCCUCCCCUGCUCAUUGUCUUCGCAGAGCAGAUGAUGGGCAGUUGAAGGUACGAGUGGUGGCAAGAAUACGUCCAUUACUUCCUAAAGAAAUUAAGGCAGGCAAGGGGAAACCCAAAUCUUGUUUAACUGUAAAAAAACCCAAUGGAGAUUCAGAAAUGGAACAUGUACUUCAUAUUGAGGAAGAUGAAACCAACAGUAAAGCCUCUUAUAAAUUAGAUUUUUGCUACGAUCAAGAAGAUGGGGUGGCACAGAUUUUCACUAGAGAAGUUGAAGGCCUAUUAGCAGGGUUGUUCAGGGGUUGUAAUGCUACUGUAUUUGCCUAUGGUGCGAGCGGUAGUGGCAAAACACACAUAAUGCAGGGAGACAAAAAAGCAACUGGUCUUAUGUCUCGAGCAAUUAGCAGCCUUCUAUCAAAAGUCAACAACUCAGAGAGUAGAGUAGACAUUUCCUACUAUGAAGUUUAUAUGGACAAAUGCUAUGAUCUCUUGGGGCCCAAGACCAAAUCACAGGUUCCCAUUUCAUUGUUUGAAGACUCUGAGGGUCAUGUCCAGCUCCUGGGGCUACAAAAACUUAGGGUUUCUUCUGUGCAGGAAUUUGAGCAGAUACUGAGUUAUGGGUGUCUAGGUAGGAAGAUGGGCCACACAGCCUUGAAUCAUGUGUCCAGUCGCAGCCAUGGAGUGCUUGUCAUUUGGGUCACCUGUGGAAAUGUUGUUGGAAAGCUUAAUCUUAUUGAUCUUGCAGGUAAUGAGGACAACAGAAGAAGUAAAAAUGAGGGAAUUAGUCUCAAGGAAAGCUCUAAAAUUAACCAGUCACUUUUUGCCCUGUCAAAUGUUAUCCACGCUUUGAAUGCCAAUGAGAAGAGAGUGCCAUACAGAGACAGCAAGUUAACUCGUAUAUUGCAGGACUCACUGGGAGGAACAAGCCGUACUUUGAUGAUUGCAUGCUUGAAUCCAGUUUCCUUCUCUGAAGCCUUGCACACACUCAGCCUUGCAGGCCGCUGUACCCAAAUGGUAAAUCAUGAUGUCAAAGCCAAGGUAGACUGCAAGCUGAUCAAACCCAAACAGAGUUUGAAUGCAAAAGGAAUAUCCUGUUCUGAGGUUGAAGGGCCUAAAAGUGACGGUAACUACAAAUUGAGAAAUUGCAGUUCAGUUUUGAACACCCCUCAUCCAACAUCUAAAGGAAAAUCCCGUCUUGAGGUUGAAGGGCCCAAAAGUGAUGGUAACUACAAAUCGAGUCAUCUCACUUCAGUUUUCAAUAUCUCUCAUUCAAUAUCUAAAGGAAAAUCCUGUGUUGAGGUUGAAGGGUCCAAAAUUGAUGGCAACUACAAAUCGAGUCAUUCCAGUUCAGGUUUCAACACUUCCCAUCCAACAGCUAAAGGAAAAUCCUAUCUGGUUGAAGAGCCCAAAAGUGAUGAUAACUACAAAUCGAGUUGUCCCAUUUCAGUUUUCUACCCUUCCCAUCCAACACCUAAAGGAAAAUCCUGUCCUGAGGUUGAAGGACCCAAAAGUGGUGUUAACUACAAAUUGAAUCAUCCCCAUUCAGUUUUCAACACAUCGCAUCCAACACCCAAAUAUAGAAGAGAUUAUGAUUGGAAAAUAUUUGUAGCAAGUUACAAUGUGGACCAUCUUUAUAAGAUGAUGUUUAAGAAUAGCUUUGAAGAGAGCCAACUAGUUUGCAGCACCAGCUGA